UUGCCAUCUGCACUAAGAGAGGCAGACUUUCGGUGCACUUAAAUAUUUACCGUUUCCUUUUAAAUGGCUGGAGGUUGGAGAAUAUUAUACACAACUUAACGAAAUGCGUGAUCAGUGAAGAAACCGCAUUCAGUAACAUUUUACGCGGUGCUACAAUAUUAAUUUUCGUGUAAGAUCUAAUUGCAGAAAACAUGAUUACCCUUAGAGGAAAAUUAAAAAAGGAUGGUGACUUAGCGAACUCCAAAAAUAAAGAUUAUAACAAACGCAUUUCUGUCCGCGACAAAUUACUCAUAAAAGAGGUUCAAGAAAUGGAACAAACUUUACCUAGUACAUGUCAAGUUACUUUUAAUGAUCCGCACUGUCUCCACGAGUUCACUCUUUUAAUUGUUCCUGACGAAGGGUACUGGUUGGGAGGUCGAUUUUACUUCCAGAUUUAUAUACCCGAAGACUAUAACAUGGCUCCUCCAAAAGUCAAUUGCUUAACAAAACUGUGGCACCCUAAUAUAAGCGAAGACGGCGAUGUAUGUCUUUCAAUAUUAAGACAAAGUAGUAUAGAUGGAAUGGGAUGGGCACCAACACGUAAGCUUCAGGAUGUUGUAUGGGGCUUAAAUUCCCUUUUCACUGAUCUUUUAAAUUUCGACGAUCCUUUGAAUAGAGACGCAGCCGACCUUUUUAUAAAAGAUAAGGAAUCAUUUCGGAGUAAGGUGAAAGAUUACGUUAUGCAGUAUGCAAAAAGAUGAUUCGAAUCAGACAAUAAUGUCCUAAUGAUGUAAUUUUACAAUUAUGGAGUUGAUAUCUAACAUUGACAGACAAUUAUAAUUUGAUUGACAGUUUUUUUUGCGUUCCUUCCCGUUUUUCUAAAUGAUACUGAUUAAAUUCAUAUUCAAUUUUUUGUUGCUAGUCUUCGUCAUCGAGAAAGAUUGUAUUCGUUGUACUUUCGUUUCAUUAACUGUACGCGGCUUUUGAUUGUUCUGAUAUUUCAUUGCGGCCACGAUACAAUUUAUACUUGUAAUUAUUGGUACAAGGAACGAGGAGAGAAAAGUGUGUCAUUUGUACAUUAUGCUUAUUCUCUUUAUAGAGCAUUGUAACGAUGGAAGAUAAUUUGUAAAUAAAUUCCAUAUUUAAUAAUAA